AUGGAGAAAGACUGGAACGAAGUGACCAGGGAAGAAGAUAAAAAUAAAAUGAUGAAAUUUGCAAAGUUCAGCAGGAUUCUAUCUACAAAAGUAAACGCUUUCUGUUGGUCGCUCAUCACGGUUUACGCUAUGACAAGAUGUUUAUCGAUGCGUACCGAGGGCCGCCUUUUAUUUUUCCCCUCAUAUUUUCCAUUCGAAACAAUGACCAGUCCACUAUUCGAAUUCAAGUUCUUCGGUCAAAUGAUAGGUGCAAUUUAUUAUUCAAUAACGUACACAGCAGUGGAUACUUUCCUAGCAAUGUUGGUCCUUCACGUUUGUGGACAACUUUCGAGAUUACAAAACGAUCUUAUCGAUUUGAAUUCAGCUACGAGAAAAGAAUUUGGGAUGAAGUUAAAUUACAUCGUGGAAAGGCACAAUUAUUUGAACAGAUUCGUCGAUACGUUAGAGGACCGGUUCAAUAUAAUGCUGCUCUUUCAAAUACUUGGUUGCACCUUGCAAUUGUGCAUGGAAUGUUUUCAUGGACUUGUGUUAAUAAUGGAUGACGGAGAACAGAAGCCUUUAAUAGAGAUGUUCUUCUUCGCUUUCUACAUCUUUUACGUUCUACUUCAAUUAUAUCUCUAUUGCUACGUCGGUGAAAAACUUUGGUUCGAGAGUACCGAACUUGCUCGUGCCGCAUACGAAUGUAAAUGGUACAAUUUAUUACCGGAGGAGGCAAGAUCACUGUUAUUGAUAAUCUAUCGAUCGCGAUCACCUUUGCGUCUAACAGCUGGCAAAUUCUGUAUUUUGAAUCACGAACUUUACAGCACCGUUUUGAAGACAUCAAUGAGUUUCCUGUCUGUUUUGCGUGCAACAAUGGCAAAGGACGAAUGAUACAUUCGAAGCUUUUCACAAAAUACUAUGG